AUGGCGGAACGCAAGCGGCAAGAACGCGGUCCUGUUGGCAGCACCCCACCAGAACCGUCUCCCAGACCUACCCGCCCGCAGCAGACGCAUUCCGGACCUCUCGCUCCCCGUAAGAAGUCCGACGCCGGCCCGAAUAAGCAAACGCCUUCGGCGCAGCAGAAGGAUGGGCCGCCGCGAGCCAGCGCGAGAGGCGCGUUCCCUCGCUCCAGCAGCGUGGGAAGCCCCAUCGUGCCAAACGAAGAGGUCAGCGAGCCCCCGCCGAUAGUUCAGCGCGCGUCGACCGGAUCGCGGCAGCUGAAAGUCAACCCAGUCAACGAUCCAGGUGUGGCUGAAACCGCGACAACCCCCACGGGAAGUCAAGAAAAAAAGAAAGGGCUCUCGUUUCUCGGCGGUCUAAGCUUUAAAACCGCCUCGUCCUCGGAUAAAGGGCAGACGACCACUUUAAGAACGUAUCCCGAUUUAAAACCGUGCAUUGUUAAAGGUAACAAACCGCGGCGCCGGCAACGAGACCUAUCGGAACCCAGAAAAAAGGUUUCUUUUAACGAGAAGAUCGAAGUCGCGGUGUGGGAGGUGGAGGAGGAGGAAAAUGUCACAGAAUCCAAAUCGGCGAAUAAAGGACGUGGAUUCUUCUUAUCCAAGGUGCUGACUGGCGCAGCUAGCAGUCUGCUAUCGCAGGGGUCGAAGAAACCGCUUCCCAAGGAUCUGCCACUUCAGAUUGCACCGAAGAAGAAAAAGGGCGAAGCGGGGAAGACGGGGAAGGCGGGGAAGGAUCAAGCGGCAUCCGGUGAGGUUAAGUCGGCGAAAGCGCGCCCAGCCCCUGGUGCGAAGCGCGCCACUCCGCCCGUCGCGGGUGCCAAGCCCAAAGCUGCAGGCGGAAGACCUGGCCCUCCUGCGCAGAGACCGCGGCCGGCGGGCGCGGAUGCGCCAGGGAUGGGGGAGAGGCGGAUGCGGCCGCCUCCUCCUGCCGGCAGUGGUGGCGGCGACGGCGGGCCCCGGGGCCCCCCUCGCGCUGGCGCUGGGCGCGGGCAGACGGCAGCGGAGAGGCCGGUGGAAGGUCGGCAAAGGGAUCGGGGGGAGAUGCGGGGAAACAUGGGCGGUCCGGGGCAACCGGCGGGCCUCCCGCGGGACAUGGCGCAGCAAGGGGGUCAGCAGCAGUGGGGCGGGAGUGGCGGAGGGAUGGGCGCUCAAGGAGCGAGCAUGAGCGGGCAGGGGGGCAUGGGCGGACAGGGGAUGGGGAUGAUGGGGCAGGGGAUGAUGGGAGGGGCGGGAAUGGCUGUGGCAGGACCGCCAAUGGGGAUGCAGACGCAAGGAGGUAUGGGGGCGGGGAACCAAGGCAUGGGCAUGGCCGGCCCAGGUGGCGGAGUAUAUGGUCAGCAAUGGGCGGGGGGUGCGGGGAAUGCGGGGGGUGGCGGCGAGUGGGAGUAUGAGCAGGAGGGGGAGUGGGGGGAGGUGGAAGGGGAGGAAUACGAGGAUGAAGAGGAGGAGCUUGAUGAUGGGGAGGAUUAUGAGGAGGAAGAGGAGGAAGAAGAGGAGGAAGAUGAGGAAGAAGAGGAGGAGGAAGAGGAUGAGGAAGAAGAGGAGGAAGAAGAGGAGGAAGAGGGUGAGGAGGAGGAUGAGGAGGGGGAGGACGAGGAGGGUGAGGAGGGGGAAGAGGAGAACAGUGCUAACUGGUCGCACGCAGGGGGUGGUUACCAGCAGGGGCAAAUGGGGAUGCCUGGGGGUCCGAUGGGCGGGGGGAUGGGGAUGCAGCAGCAGGGCAUGCCAAUGCAUGUCAAUAAUCCCAACCAGGGGCCAUCUAUGCCUGUCGGCUUUGGGGUUCCUCCUGGCAUGAUGGCCCCCCCUCAGGGGUACUCGAACGCAAUGCCUCCAGGCGCCAUGGACGUGACGGCGGACAUUAAAGUGCUGGUGGCGAUGCGGGACGACCAGCAUUGCCGAGAAGCCCUAGACUGGACAAUUAAGGAGUUCGGGAAGCGCAAGGAUACGAGCGUGUGUUUGCUCCUCACGCAUAUCGUCACGGAACUUCGCAAUACAGCGGGCAAGCUGGUGCGCCUAAGCGAGGCGGACAGCCCGAGCGUGGCGGUGCACAUAUGCGACCGCGUGCUGCCGUAUCUCGAGAGCCUGCAGGACGUCAGCGACGACGCGGGGCUGCCAUCCACGGUGCACGUGAUCAAGAACGAGGACAAAGGCGCCGCCAUUCUUGAGGCGGCGCAGAAGCUGGAGGCCACGCACGUCGUGCUCGCCAGCAUUCCCAACAAGCCUAUCGGAGAGUGGAAGACCAUCAACGUGUGCGCAAAGGAGGAGGCGCUGCCGCCCGGCGCGACGCUCUAUGUGGUGCAGAGCGGCAAGAAGCUCAAGACCGUGCAGAGCAAGGAGCAAGCGCCUGAAAAGCCCGCCCCGCCCCCAGCGCGCGUGUUCCACGGCACAGCGCUCAACAAGAAGCUGCCAGACAUCCAGGAGGGGGGAAGCGGCGUGCAGGACGAUGCUGACGCGCAGGGGGGCAGCGGGGCAGUGGGCGGGGAAGGGGAAGGGGACGCGGGGAGCAAGGAGGCCGCAGCAGAGGGGGGGGCGGAGGGGGAAGGAGCAGGGAAGGCGGAAGCGGGGGCGGCGGAGGGGGGAGGGGAGAGCGAGGGGAAGAACGAGGAGGGGCUGUCUGCUUUGGAGCUGGCCAGGCGAGCGUAUGCUGCUAAGGCCAAGGCAGCUGCUGGGGGGGGUGGCGGUGGGGGAGGGUCUGGGGGCGCUGCAGCAGGUGGCGCAGCAGGAGGAGGAGGAGGGGCGGCAGCAGCAGGGGCGGCAGCGGGAGGGGGCGUGCCGCCCAAGGACCGGCCAAGGAAGAAGAAACCAUCGGCUGGCGCCAAGGCUCGCCUGGAGAAGAAGAUGGCAGAGCGUGAGAGCUCGUCUGGACGCAAGGUCCCUUCGGACAAGAACCCGCUGACAAGGCCACUGCAGGUGGUGGAGCCCGCAGAGGGCACACAGCGACAGCCGUUCCGCGAGUUCACUCUGGAGGAGCUGCAGGCGGCCAUCGAGCACUUCUGGCCCAACCACGUGUGCGGCGAGGGCAGCUAUGGCGUGGUGUAUAAGGGCAUGAUCGACGGGCAGACCGUGGCUGUGAAGCAGCUCAAGAACCCGGAUGUGAAGGCUGCUCUUGAUGAGAUCGACAGGGAGAUGGAGGUGCAGAAGCGCAUAGACCACCCGAACGCGGUGCGCCUGGUGGGGUACUGCAGGGAGGACCGCUCGCUGGUCUACGAGUUCAUGGCCAACGGCUCCCUCGAGGACCGCCUUCUGUGUAUCGGAGGCGUGCCGCCCCUCCAGUGGCCUGAACGCUGCCGCAUUGCCAUGGAGAUUGCAGCAGGCUUGCAGCACCUGCACACGCGCAAGCCGCCCAUCGUGCAUCGCGACGUGAAGCCAGCCAACGUGCUCCUCGACGACCACUUCACCGCCAAGCUCGGCGACGUGGGGCUCGCCCGCCUCAUGGGCGACCUCGCUCCCGGCCACUCCCACGUCGUGCGGAAAUCCGUUAUCGUCGGGACCGAGCACUAUGUAGACCCUGAGUAUUUGUGCGCCAGGAGGGGGUAUCUCGGGCCGAAAUCAGACGUGUACUCGUUCGGAGUGGUGCUGCUGCAGAUGCUGGUUGGGGAGGUGCCGAACCUGAAGAGGAUCGAUGCGAUGGUGGAGAAGGAGGAGUUGGCAGUGGUGCUGGAUCCCCGAGCCGGCGAGUGGCCGCCGAACCUGGCGCUGGACCUCGCGAACCUGGGGCUGUGGUGCGCGGAAAUGGACCGCCGAGAUCGGCCGGAUCUGACGGAGGAGCCAACACCCCGCCACAAGCGUCGCCGCAUCCGCCGCUUUCCGCUAACCGCUCCAUUUCCCCUCUCACCGCCGCGCCUCGUUGCACUGCCCGAAUCCGCCGCGUUUCCCGCUGCCAUGGCCGCCGCGCUUAACCGCCGCGGUUUCUCCCUCGCGCGCACGGCGCUCCCACAGCUCCGCGCGCUGACGACCUCCGCGCAGCGCUCCGCGGUGGGGAAGGCGGAAGCGGCGGAGGUGUCCGGAGUUCCCAAGGAGCAGCUUCAACGGAAGGUGGUGGUGUACAGUCCCGCACGAGCCGCGUCGCAGCAGGGCAUGGGGCGGCACGGACAGUGGAAGAUCCGAUUCGAUACCACGCAGAAGUGGGAGAACCCUCUCAUGGGGUGGACAUCAACGGCAGACCCCAUGGCAUGUGUGGCGGACUCCGCCCUCUCCUUCCACUCCAAGGAAGACGCCGUUGACUUUGUUGAAUGCCAUGGCUGGCAAUACCAGGUCCUUGAGCCGCAGAAGCCAAUUAAGAAGCCCAAAUCAUACGCGGACAACUUUCGCUGGAGGGGCCCUGCCACUGCUGACGAGUAG